UGUCGUUUUUGAUUGGGAAAUAUUCAUCGUCUGCUAGAAAGAAAAACGCAUUUCUAAAUUAAAUCUCUUUGUCAGAAAUUAUUAAUUAAAACUCAUUAUAAUUGACACAAACUCUGGAUGAAAUGGAUCGAAAGUGCAAAAGUCAGAUACCAGCUACAAUCUUUCGGAGAAUUAUUACGUAAUUUUGCAACUUACAAAUUUGUUCGACAAUCGAAAGGCACCGAAGGCACAGCAGUGCACAGACACAAUUUUCCUUUAAAGUGACAUCAGUUUAUGUGAAUUUUAAACAAUUAUCAAAUAUCUAAUUAACUAAUUUGUGGAAAUUUGCAGCAAUUUGUUUCAUUUAUGAAGUGAAAUUAUUGUCACAUCCAAUCCACAAGGUUUAAGGGCAGUGGAUAUAGUGGACAGAAAUUUAAAGAAACAGAACGUACGUGAAUGAAUUAGUACAAUGAUACGUGAAGACUUUUUUCACAACUUUGUUUUUGUACUAACUGUAUAGCUUGUUCCGGACUUCACUUUCACUCUCAAGGCUGAAGAACGAAUUUCAUUUUUCUCAAGUUAUGAAGAGGAGACUGAAGAAGGGAUAAGAGUAAUAGAUGGAUUUUGUUUUUAUUGCUGAUUUUUCAUCAAUAAAUCGUUAACUUAUGGCAAACGUGAAAGACCGAACUCUUCCGGACCUUGACGAUCGGCCUUUCGCAGCGAGAUCAAGAGACUGACUUGAAACGUGCUCUGACUCAGGAAAAUCAGUUGAGACGCGACUCUAUAACCGAGCGGUUUGUGCCUGCUAUUUACCUUUCUAAUUAAUAAGCCCAAUUAUCAGUUUAAACGUCCUUGAAUGAUUUCUUAAGCACACCCCAUUUUUUUUUUAGUUUUUUUUUUAAUUUUUAAAGAAGGGAAAAUAUAUUUUUUUUCAGCUUCUUUUUCUUUAUUUUCUGGAAAGCAUUGGGAAAUCCUGGAAUUAAAAUCCGCUCACCAGGGUCAUGAGGUGGAACUUCACAUUGUAAAGUCGUGCCCACUAGUCGAUGGAUAUUUUGGGUUGAACGUUUAUAUAAUAGAAAUUCGUUUUUUUUUUGCAUCAAAUUAUCUUUAAAGAAAAAAAAAGAAGAUGCUGGGACCAAUAUUCGAAGUGCACGGUCGCUUUUGCGCGAGCCAUCCUCUCGAGGUGAUUGUUGCAACAUUCACCCUGACAGCCUGCAUUCUCAACAUUGAAAUCGGAAAUAGUCAAACGAAAGAGGAAAGCCUGUCAGCCACGCAUUGUUGGCAUGAUCGUUGCUCAUUUGAGGAGCAAAAUGCAGCUGAUGUAAUAUUGAUGACUAUAAUUCGUUGUUUAGCGAUACUCUUCAGUUAUCAUCAAUUGCGAAAUCUUCAAAAUACGGGAUCUAAGUACAUUCUUGGUGGUGCUGGACUUUUUACUGUAUUUUCCAGUAUAGUGUUCACUUCAAGUGUUGUUAAUUUUGGCCAAAGUGCCAUUUCCGAUUUAAAGGAUGCCUUCUUCUUCUUUCUUUUGGUCAUUGAUUUGAAUAAGGCACGUUUAUUGGCACAAAUCGCAUCGAGUUCGAGAAAUCAGGAGGAAGUUCGUGCAAAUAUCGCACGUGGAAUGACAUUAUUGGGUCCAACAAUUACAUUAGACACACUCGUGGAAAUUUUAUUAAUUGGCAUUGGUUCACUUUCGGGUGUUAAGAGACUCGAGAUUCUUUGCACUUUUGCAUGUCUCGGUGUUGUCGUCAAUUACCUCGUGUUCAUGACUUUUUAUCCUGCCUGCCUGUCGCUCAUUGUCGAGUUGUCGCGAGGAAAUCACGUAAUGAGCGCCGACAAAAUAUUAAUGAUGCCAACUUUGAAUGAGGAAGACCGAAAACCAAAUCCCGUCGUCGAGAGAGUUAAACUCAUCAUGAUUGCUGGUCUUUUCAUUGUUCACGCACACAGUCGAUGGCCAUUCAAGGAACAGGAUCAGGUUGUUAUUAAGAAAUCAGUAUCACCAGUGAAUUCAAAUUUAAUUUUGGAGAACGAGAACGUGACUGAUUCACAAUUGAGUUUGGGAAAGUAUUUUUUAAAUUGGAUGCCAUUUAGUCCUGAUAAUAUUGUGAUUGUCAUUCUAUUGGCGGCGUUGGCAAUAAAAUUUGUCUUCUUUGAAGACAGGGGUGAUAUCGCGAAACAAUUGAAAUUGAAGGAGAGCGCAGCCGCGCAAAAAACCGUUACCACUGAGGAAGGAACGGUGAAAACUAUGCAUGCAACUGCCGCAAAUUUGGAGUCACAAACGAGGCGUCGUUUCGAAUCCGCAAUGCCCACAAUGCACUCGACUAUUUUCCCGCUUUCUGGAAUGGGUGGCGAUUGGAUUGAAGUUGUUGAUGAGGAAUCAUUUAUUAAACUCAGCGACAAAGAAGUGCAAACUGAUGAUAUUCAAAUUGUCAGCACAUCGCGAGAUGUGAAAAAUGAUGCUCCAAAAAUUUCUCGAACAUUGGACGAGUGUCUCACCAUCUACAGAUCUGAGUUGGGAGCUGAUGCCCUGACGGAUAGCGAAGUAAUUGACUUGGUGAAGCACAAAUACAUUCAAUCGUAUCAAUUGGAAAAGGCCGUUGGCAAUAUGGAACGAGGAGUUGGAAUUCGUCGCAAUAUGCUCGAGGAUAUUGGUAAUUUUUCCGAGACACUCGAAGAAUUACCCUAUAAAAGUUACGAUUACAGUAAAGUUCUUGGCUCAUGCUGUGAGAAUGUCAUCGGCUAUGUACCAGUUCCAGUGGGUGUUGCCGGUCCCCUGAAGGUUGACGGCGAAUUUAUUCACGUGCCAAUGGCAACAACCGAAGGUUGUCUCGUCGCAUCGACAAAUCGCGGUAGUCGUGCACUUAUUCAUUGCGGCGUAACAAGUCGCAUUGUCGCCGAUGGAAUGACACGAGGACCAGUUGUUCGAUUUCCAAAUGUUGUUCGCGCCAGUGAAGCAAUGAAUUGGAUGCAAAUAAGUGAGAAUUUCAAUGCAAUGAAAGCGAGUUUCGAUACAACAAGUCGUUUCGCGAGACUAACGAGAAUACACAUUCGAAUUGCCGGGAGACAUCUUUUUAUUCGAUUUGUAGCGAAAACUGGCGACGCAAUGGGAAUGAAUAUGCUGUCAAAGGGAACGGAAAAAUCAUUGCACACUGUUCAGGAACAAUUUCCCGAUAUGGAAGUAUUGUCGUUGAGUGGCAAUUUUUGUACUGAUAAAAAACCAGCGGCUGUUAAUUGGAUUGAGGGACGUGGUAAGAGUGUUGUUUGCGAAGCAAUUGUACCGGCGAAUAUUGUCACGACUGUGUUGAAGACAAAUGUUCCGAGUCUUGUCGACUCGAAUAUUAGUAAGAAUAUGAUUGGUUCGGCAGUGGCUGGAAGUAUUGGUGGUUUUAAUGCACAUGCGGCAAAUAUUGUGACGGCAAUAUUUAUUGCAACUGGACAGGAUCCGGCGCAAAAUGUUUCGAGCAGUAAUUGUAUGACAUUGAUGGAGCCAUGGGGACCAGAUGGAAACGAUCUUUAUAUUUCUUGUACAAUGCCGAGCAUUGAAGUUGGAACUAUUGGCGGUGGAACGGGACUUCCGGCGCAGGGCGCUUGUCUGGCAAUGUUGGGAGUGAAGGGCGCAAAUUCCGAUGAUCCUGGACAGAAUUCGAGUAAAUUGGCAAGAAUCGUUUGCGCGACUGUUUUGGCUGGUGAAUUAUCGCUUAUGGCCGCACUCACCGCGGGACAUUUAGUUAAGAGUCACCUCAGACACAAUAGGUCGUCGACGACAAUAGGAAAUCCAGUGCCAGUAUCUCGUAGCGAUGCUUCAGGAAAUUUGUCAGUUGCGAGUGCCCUUCCACCACUUCAGGCAAUAUGUAAAAACUCAAAUCGAUCGUAGUAUUAAUUAUAAAUCACAUUAAUGCAUCCGUCAUUUUUUUUUCUCAAGAAUUUUGAGAAAAAAAACCCCUCUUUUUAUUUUUUAGAAGAGGGCUUAAUUAUUCAAAAUACAAUUGAAUUGUCUGAUUAAAUUCAGAUUUUGUAAUUUACAUGAUUUUUAACGGAAGAGAUAAGAAAAAACUCUUUUUCUUUUUUCUUAACACACUUAUAAAUAUUGUACAAAUGGAUUUUAUUGUUUAUGAAUAUAGUUAGAAAUAAUAAUUAAGAUUAAAAUUUUAAAUAUAUUACAAAUUAGCCUAAAAUUAUUAUUGCAAAAAUAAUUCUUUUGUCUUGAAAAAUUUUCAAUCAAAAAAUAACCCUUUCUGCGGAUACAAUUUUUUUCCUUUUUACAGAAACAAUAUUUUUUUUCUCUUUCUCAAUUGAUAUUUAAUCACAAAAAUACUGCCUAAAGUAUCGUGCCAAAGACGGAAAGGGUUAUUAAUGACAAUAAAACUAUUUUUAAUUUUCUCUUUAAUGUAAUUUUAAAAAAAUUGCAUUAAUUUGAAAUUUAUAUUUACAAAUUAAAUUAAAAAUUUUGUAAUCAAAGUAACAUUAGGAUUGGAAAAAUGAAAAUUUACAUUGAAUUGUAAUCUAGAAAAAGAGAGGUAUAGAUUAAUUUAAAAUAGUAAUUAAAAUUUUACUUUGAUAAAAAUUUUUUUUAUCAGUCAUCACGUGAAAAAGUAAUUAUAAAUUAAAAACUCGCGGAAUUUAUUAUCUGCAUGAUUCAGGAUUUAUUUAUUAUUGAAAUAUUCAGAAUUAAUUCAAUUUUAUUCAGAAUAUAGAAAGAAUUGUUCUUUAAAAAUAACAAAAAAUGGAAAAGUAUAUAUAAUAUUGAACACCGAAUAUAAAUAGUCAAUUUAAUGUUGUCGAUGAGAAUAAAGAAAAAAAAGUCUGAUAUGUCAUUUUUAUCAAAUGAAAAAUAUUUCAUACUCUAAAUAAUUUAUUUUUCUUCAAUGCAUUAUUUAGAUUUUGAUGAAUUUUUUUCAAAAUUUGUUUAUUGAUUUUCAUGUUUUUUUAUUUUAAAACAUAUUUUAAUGGGUCUUUUCUUUUAGUUAGUGAUAUUUAAAAAAAAAUCUGUUUACUUAUUGUACAUAACAGAUUAGAAAUAGGAAUUUAAUUGUAAAUUUUUUGUUAUAGUUAUUAUAUAGAAGUUAAAUAGAAAAUAGAUAUAAUUAAAAAAAUGCAGUUGAAUUGCAGAUAGAAAUAAAUAAAAGCGCAAUAAAAUGAAAGAUUUCAUUGAUACUUGAAUAUUUAGUUUUUAAGUAAGAAAUAUUUAGUUUUUAUUGUUCCUUGGAAUUAAGAAUAUAAAAGCGCUAUUAAUUAAAAUAUGAAAGUGAAAAGAAUUUUUGUAAAGUAAGGAAUUUUGGAUGAGUACCUGACAAAGGAACAUUUUUUUGUAAAUUUUUUGUUUUUAGAAAAAAGAAAGUUAAUUUCUUCUCUAAGUUUUCCUCAGUUAUUAAUUAAUAAGAUAAGUUAUUAUUUGCGACGUAGAUUUUAGUGAUUUCUAUGUUAAUGAUUCUACAAACAAAAUUUAUUGCAUUCUUGGGAAAUAUUGAAACAUUCGUUAUGUAAUAAAUAAACGAAAUAAUUUAA